AUGGCUCCCAACGAAUGUCGCUCCCACAAGUCCAAAUCUUGGGCCGACGGUCCUUGGCCCCUGAUCGAAACCCCCUCAAAGACACAAGACACUUCUAAGCAUGCGUCAAUCUACAUCGCUAAUGAAAUGGCUUUUGCACACAAUGCAAUGCUUCGGGGAUUAAAUUCACUUUACCUUCAAGUAGAUUUGUCUGAUCCGAAAGACAUCUCUGACUUCUUGUUCUUUCUUCGCAGCUGGGCUGGGUGGGUGUCCCACCACCAUGUCCUGGAGGAAGAGCGCAUGUUUCCGCAGUUUGAGGAGGCAAUGAAGCAGCCCAACUUUCUACAAGGGAAUGUCGAGGAGCAUCAUAUUUUUCAACCAGUUCUUAAAAAGCUGCUUGCGUAUGCGGAUAUUAAGCCUGAGGAAUACCAAGCCUCAACUGUACGUAGCUUGAUUGAGGAGAUGGCGCCUAGCUUUCGUGAGCAUCUAGCCCACGAAAUCACCAGCCUAUUGUCGAUGGCACCCUAUGAUAGCCAAGCUUUACUCAAAGUCUACAAGGGUUGCGAGGCUGAAGCAAGCAGACAAGACAAAUUUGUGGUUCCGCCUAUGGUUCUUGGACUGCGUGAUAUCACCUUCGAGGGGGGCAACCAAUGGCCGGCAUUGCCACCGCUGUCUACCUACCUAAUUCAUUACUUGCUUGCACGCAAACAUGCUGGUUCUUGGAGAUUCUUGCCAUCUGAUGCAUGGGGCAACCCUCGCCAGUUGAAGUUUGCGACCUCUAGAGUAGAGUUAAUCUCUGUGGCACGGGAUUGA